UUGAGAGGUGUCAUUGUUAAGCGGUAGCAGGCGUUGUGUGUGUAUGUAGUGUGAGCCCAGAGCAUUGACACCGUAGGAUUGCAAGUGUCCUCAGUGUCGACUGAAGUAGCAUAGCCCACUGGAUAUUCUUGAAUUGGAUUUCUUUCAUGAGUAUAACUUUGUCUUGAUCGUUUUGAGGGUUCGCUUUUGUUUCCUUUGGAGUCUGGGUUAUUGAUCGGUUACAAACAUGGGCAUGCUGGAUGCAGUCCUUGUUGCCAUAAGCCACAACAUCUCUUUUGUGGGUAAAACCUGGUGGCUACUCAUGGUAGGCCUACGUCUUAUUGUGGUCCUGCUGGCCGGCUUCACCCUCUUCAGUGAUGAGCAGGAGCGCUUCGUCUGCAACACCAUCCAGCCGGGUUGCUCCAACGUCUGCUUCAACCUGUUGGCGCCCGUUUCCCUGUUUCGCCUCUGGCUGCUCCACAUCGUCCUCCUGUCUCUGCCGCACCUCAUGUUCGCCACACACAUCGCACACAGGCUCCUGUGGGAUCCCAACUCUGGAGCGGGCUACGUGGCGAUAAACCGCCAUGGGAGUCAGGGAAGCCCUUGCUCCACGCCAGAGAUUUCCCAGUUCCUCCUUCUUCAUCAUCAUCAUCAUCAUCAUCUUCCUGGGCAGGACCCCCCCCAGUGCGUGCGGCCCGUGCCGAGCUUUCACUAUGCCUACCUGCUGGUCGUGACCGCGCACAUCCUGAUGGAGGCGGCCUUCGUGGCGGGUCACGUCCUGUUCUUCGGGUUCUUCAUCCCAAGAAGCUUCCUGUGCUACGAGGCCCCGUGCACGUCGGGCGUGCAGUGCUACGUCUCCCGGCCCACAGAGAAGACGCUGAUGCUCGACCUCAUGCUGGGCCUGGCCUGUCUGUCGGUGGUGCUGAGCCUGGUGGACCUUGUGGCCGGCGCACGCCGGGCUCUGAGGCGGCGGAGGAGAGCGACGUCUGUGUCGGAGGAGAUGGGCAAAGGAGAGCAGAGCAGCGUGUCCUCCAACGUGAGUGGUGCAGGAGACCUCAACCUCCUCUUGAACAAGAGGAUGGCCAACGGGUUUGAGAGCGACAUCCAAGCCACGCCUAGCUCCUCUACAGACAGUGUGCCUAAUGUCGCCGCCGCGCUGAAGGGCGAGGCAGACGGUAAGGCUGGCAAGCUGACCGACGAGAAGGGCUUGCCGUGGCAACACAGUGGCAACGGAAAGAUCGGGUUCUCGACGAAUCCAAAAGCCAUGCCGCUGCACUUUGUCGUCCACAACCAGCAGAAACCUCCAGAGUUGGCUUCCCUGGACGGCAGCCUAGCACCGAGGCUGGAGAACUUCACCCCGGCCGACACUAGGAAACAGGGCCAGCUAGCCUCAAUGGAGUCCACCUCUACCUCCAGGCAGAACUCUACCCCCAGUGAGGGUCCUGACAAGAGGGCUUGGGUUUAGAACAAAGCAAAUCUCCAGAAACUGUAAUGUUGAAUUGUAGCUUUUAAACUGUGAAUGCACGUAAAGAGUUGGUUUCUGUACCUUUUAUUUAAUGUAAUGAUGAUAAUAAUAAUCAUUGUUUUUCAAAGGAAUUCUUAUAAGGUCCCCACAUGAGUUUCAAAGUUGGUUAAUAUUGUGUGUUUAUUUUUAGUUUUAUAGUUUUAUCAGGAAUAAUUUAAUGAUGUAGAAAACGAGCCCUGGAAUGUAGUUUUAACACUUUAAUGCUCCUUUUAUAAAAGUGGUGUAUUAUAGCCCCACUAGAUACAAAUGUGCAAAUAAAAACUGGCUGGUGCCAUUAUGUGCCCAA